AUGGCUAUUAAAAUUGGUAUUAACGGUUUCGGUAGAAUCGGUAGAUUAGUCUUAAGAGUUGCUUUGGGCAGAAAAGACAUUGAAGUUGUCGCCGUCAACGAUCCAUUCAUUGCUCCAGACUAUGCUGCUUACAUGUUCAAAUACGAUUCUACUCACGGUAGAUACAAGGGUGAAGUCACUGCUUCUGGUGACGACUUGGUCAUUGAUGGUCACAAGAUUAAAGUUUUCCAAGAAAGAGACCCAGCUAACAUUCCAUGGGGUAAAUCUGGUGUUGACUACGUUAUUGAAUCCACCGGUGUUUUCACCAAACUCGAAGGUGCUCAAAAACACAUUGAUGCUGGUGCCAAAAAAGUUAUCAUCACUGCUCCAUCUGCUGAUGCCCCAAUGUUUGUUGUCGGUGUUAACGAAGACAAAUACACUCCAGACUUGAAGAUUAUCUCCAAUGCUUCUUGUACCACCAACUGUUUGGCUCCAUUAGCUAAAGUCGUCAACGAUACUUUCGGUAUUGAAGAAGGUUUGAUGACCACUGUCCACUCCAUCACUGCUACCCAAAAGACCGUUGACGGUCCAUCCCACAAGGACUGGAGAGGUGGUAGAACUGCUUCUGGUAACAUUAUCCCAUCUUCCACUGGUGCUGCUAAAGCCGUUGGUAAGGUUAUUCCAGAAUUGAACGGUAAAUUGACUGGUAUGUCUUUGAGAGUCCCAACCACCGAUGUUUCCGUUGUUGACUUGACUGUCAGAUUGAAGAAAGCUGCUUCUUACGAAGAAAUUGCUCAAGCUAUCAAGAAAGCUUCUGAAGGUCCAUUGAAAGGUGUUUUGGGCUACACUGAAGAUGCUGUUGUCUCCACCGAUUUCUUGGGUUCAAGCUACUCAUCUAUCUUUGAUGAAAAAGCCGGUAUCUUGUUGUCCCCAACUUUCGUCAAAUUGAUUUCCUGGUACGAUAACGAAUACGGUUACUCCACCAGAGUUGUUGACUUGUUGGAACACGUUGCUAAAGCUUCUGCUUGA